UCACAAGUUUUAGGGCGGUGUUCGCAUUUUGUUUUCAUUAAUUUGAUGCUCAAGAAUUGUUAAUUAAAGUUAUAUUAAGACGCAACUCAGAAUGCAAACAAUGGAGAAAUGUGUAUUAGCCGUUGCAGUGCUAUGCUUUCUGCUGCACACAGCUUCGGCCAUCAAGUGCUGGGAAUGUCGCUCCGAUAGCGAUCCCAAGUGUGGAGAUCCCUUUGAUAACAGCACGUUAGCGAUUACGGAUUGCCACCAGGCCAGCGAACUAGAGCAUCUGAAGGGUGUCCGGCCCACAAUGUGUCGCAAGAUCCGCCAAAAGGUGCACGGGGAGUGGCGUUACUUCCGCAGCUGCGCCUACAUGGGCGAGCCGGGCAUCGAGGGCGACGAGCGCUUCUGCUUGAUGCGCACCGGCAGCUACAACAUCUUCAUGGAGUACUGCACCUGCAACAGCAAGGAUGGCUGCAACGGCGCCGGCCUACAAAGGAGUAGCCUGCUCAACGUCCUCCUUGGCACCUUUGCUGUCAGCCUUGUGGCGCACUUUCUGCGGCAAUAGAUGCGCCGUCGCCUUUAGCGAAUGACAACUGUACUCGAAUACUGUUUGUGUAAUUUUUAAAUGUGCCUUCGAACUCGAACUAAACUUAACAUAUGAAACGCA